CAUCUUAAUUGGUGACUUUUUCUUAUGUACCUCCCCCCCCGGUCUUUCUUCGUUUUUUCUUCCUCCCAUCCUCUCUUUUCUCAUCAUCCAUUCCUUAGGUAUAUAUUGUCUUUUUCCUCCGCUUUUGCGGCAGUCAUUCUUUUACUCAACUUGAGAUCCUACCCACUCAGUCACUCUUUGAUUCACUCUUUCCACCUCUUACAAAAAUGCGGUUCCUGAAGACCUUCCUGGUAUCGGCUCUUGCGGCUGUGGCAGCUGCCCACGUUGAGCCCGACUACACCAAGGGCCCGGAGGGCAACUCGAUCUCGAAUCCCGGCCUCGACGAGGUUGUCCCGGCGGGCAAGCCCUACACCAUCACCUGGAAGCCCACCACCAAGGGACCGGUGUCGCUGGUCCUCCUGCGCGGGCCCAGCAACAACGUCCAGCCCAUCGCCACCAUCGCCGAGCAGAUUGAGAACACGGGCAAGUACGAGUGGACGCCCAGCACCAGCCUCGAGCCCGACGUCACCCACUACGGCCUGCUCAUCGUCGUCGAGAACACCCGCCAGUACCAGUGGUCGACUCAGUUCGGCAUCUCCAACAAGGACGUCGCCGAGGGCUCAGAUCCCGCCACGAAGCCCACCCCCCGUUCCACCUCCACCGACGUCAUCUCCAAGGAGAAGACCACCGCCCUCCAGGAGGCCUCCAGCGAGCCUCCCGCUCCCGCUCCCACCACCUCAACCACCUCGAUCACCACCUCUAGCAGCACCAGCACGAGCAGCAGCAUCGUCAUCACCUCAUCCGUAGCGCGCCCUCCCAAGUCGACCACGGCGCGGACGACCAUGCACAGCGCGAGCGCCCCCACGACCGCGCCGUCCUCGACCGAGGCCCCGCCCCCGUUGUUCACCAACGGCGCUGACCGCAACGCGAUCAGCUUCGGCGGAAUCGCGCUAGGCGUUGCCGCCAUUCUGGCAAUCUAAACGGGGUUGAGCCCUACCAUUCUUCUUCUUCGUCAUUUUCUUCUUCUUAUCAUUCUUCUUCUCUUCUAGACCUGUAUCUAGAUUACUUUACCCCUUCUUUCUACCUGCUUUGGUUCCUGAUUUGCCGGGCUUGAAUGCCUACGGCCCUAAUGGAGAUCACGUUUACAUAAUGCUGUACUUGCUCGAGUUAAGUACUAUGAUAU